UUGGGUUCAACUCGUGUGCUAGGUUGGUUCGGCGUUUUGUAGCUUCGCGAGCUGUGAUAAUUCUUCCGGAUCCGGUUUUCGGCUUUCGACUGAAGAUGAUGGUCGUUUGUUUCUGUGUGUUAUCAGAGGAGAUCUUUCCGUCGUGAUCUCGUGUCGUGACUCGGAGGCAUUGUUGUGGCUCGUUUGUUGGUUCGUUGGCACUCAUCACAACAGACCAAAAGGGCCAAAAGAAGUGCAGUGCAGCGCAAAGUGCGGCCAAGAAAGUGGUUCUCCGCAUGAAAAAGGAAUGAAAUUCAAAUGAAGCAUUCUCCGCUGCAUCCGAGGAGUGUGAACAGAAGAACCGUUCCUCGGCACGACACACGAUACUGUGUUUUAUGCUAAUUGAGUGGUGCCCACCAUUGUUGGCCUAUUCCGGUGCCGAGCGAAUGAAGUGAGAAUAAUUUGAAAAAAAAGUGAUUAAAGUGAUAAACACUGCACAAUUGACUGUGCAUCUAUGUGUAAUGCUAUCGGAACAGAUCGAUCAUACCUGAUUGAUUGUGGUGUUAUUAUUGGUGUUGUUGCUGUUGCGGCUGGAAGGGAAGCUGCCUGAGUCGACUGAGAGUGAAUGAGUUUAACUGCGCCACUAAAGUGUGAAACUGUUCCAAUUUACAUUCUGAUUACGGUGUGCGGUGAACGGAUUGGAAUCCGAUACUCGACAAUAACAUUGUGCGUUUUGUUAUAAGAACAAACGAGUCGAUAGCAAGGUUUGGAGGCAAAUGAGAUCACAACAGGAAGAAGCCGAGAUUAUUUAUUGGAGCGGUCUGUAAACGCCCAUUGAUGAAGGCAUUGUUCCUGGAUCAAACGGCAGAUAAAAUCACACUUCAGGCAAAACCUCGCAGCGAAAUCAUGAAAAGCAGAGCCAGUGGUGUGGUGUUAUGGUGAAGUGGCAAUAUCAGCAGGCUUCAAUCGUUUCGCAAGUUUUAGCCGAUUAUUAUUUCAUAACAACCAUGUGUUGGAAAGGCGGCCGGCCCUCCACCGAUGGAAAAUGUUGAUAAGCGCAGCGCGCAAUGAACGAAAAUAUGUAACAAAUGCGCGAAAUGAGCGAAAAUAAAUCAGCAUCAGCGGAGUUUUCGGUUCGAAAAAGUUGGGAAAACUGAAAAAAAGGAAAAGGAAAGUGAAAGAUCGCGCGGCUGUCGAAGAGCUUCUUUACCGGUUGUGUUCGAGUGCGUCUCCGUCGAAACGAUACGCUCGAUGCUAUCAGUCUGUGUGGCGGUUGUAAGAGGAGCAAGAGGAAAAGUUGCGUUUUCCAACAGAUAGGGUGUGUGCUUUUUGUGAAUCCACACGCGCAAUUCACGUUUCACGAGUGAUGAGAAAGUGUUGAUUUUUUGUUUGUCCAUAAAUAUUUAAACCAGUCGUGAGGAGGCGAAAGGGGGAGAAAUAGCAAAGUGACUGCCAAAAAAAAAGAUGUUUUUGGAAAUCGGCGUGAAUCAAAUAUUGUUUUAGAAAUACUUCCGAAGGAAGUGUGUUCAUUGAAUUAGCAUAAAAAGCCGUUUUCAAUCCGAAGAAAUUGAAACCAGCCUCAAAGUGUCGCUAAAAGGGGGAAAGAUGCCACCGGUGAAUACACCGGAGUCGAAUUCCGGUUCACCGAGCAGGACGCCGUCGAUUAUGGACAGUCCCACGCUGGCUCGAGUCGAGAGGGCUCGACUCCGGCAGGAGGCUGGCGUGAAUGGGGGCGGCCAGCCCCGAGAAGAUAGUUUGGAGCGUGUGCUGUUGGAUCCUAAGAAGUCGCUGUUAAUUGGACGUAUUCCGGUGGCUCAAAUGACCGGACCGAUCAAGCGAGGUCUGCUCUGGCAGCAACGAGAUAGACUGUUCUCCAGAUGGAAAGAAAGAUAUUUCAUCCUAACACGUGAUUAUCUCAAUUGCUUCAAACGAGCGUCUGGAUCGGCGUCCGAGAAGAUAUCCGACAUGGGUCAGUUCAUCUUUAAGAUCAAGCUGGUCGACGUGGAGAAGGUCGAGUGGCUAAACCGUCGGUCGUACAGCGCAAUUGGGUUGCUUCUCGGUUCACGGGAAGGUCGCGUUUUAUUGCGCUGCGAUCAGGGCCUGGAAGAUUGGUUCGAACUGCUUGAGGAAUGCACCCUGAGCAGCAAAGAGCGGCGUCGUGCUCUUCGUCUGACGCAAGGGCCCCGAUCGCGAGCCUCUCUUGCCGCUCCGGUUUCACACACCUCCCUGCAGAACAACCAUCUUGGCCUCGGUGGAACCUACUCGGGAGCAAUCGAAGACUGGCUCCUGACCCGUUACCACAAGACGUCCGCGAAUCAUCACCAUCUGCACUUCCUGCACUCUGAUUCGGUGCCUGAUCUGAGCACCAUCAACGAAAAUGGCUUAUGCAGCGGAUUGCUGACGAACCAUUCCACCCCCAAGAAGGUGCCCAACGCAAGACACAAUCUGUCGGGAAGCUCCACCAACGGGUACAACAGUCACAACGGAAGUUUCUGCAAUGGCUUCCCAUAUUCGCCACUGAAAAAGUUGUCGGAUAACUUCAUCAAUGGAAAUAGUAGUUAUAUUAUCAACGAUGCAGACGAAGAAGUUGAGCUGCGUCGCGGAGGGCGUUACAGAGAUGAUGACCUGUAUCGACGUCCCAUUGGGCCAACUGGAAACGAUAAUAAUAGACAUUCCUUACUGACCGAACUAGACUACUCAGCUUGUGAUAGUGGCUUGGAUACGCCACCCUCAACCCACCGUCCGUCGAGUUGUCGGGACAAUAUGUAUAUGGUUUCGGCCUACAACCAACACAACCAAUCGCUAAGCAAGGAUAAAACCACCGAUACCGGAAUCAGUUCAUCUCGUGGAACGCUAGUCUCACCGGCUAACAGCAUCCGUCACGGUUAUCUGAAUAACAACAAUACCAACAGCUACGGAUCGAGAUACAGUGUCCAGGAGCAGAAGAUCCUGCGCGCCAGAAACAAUCCGGAGGAGAACAAGAACUCUAUCCGUUCGGUCCGGGCGGAAUUCUACGAGCAGAACAAAUACAACAACAAUAGCCUUACUAACGGGCAUAACCACCAUCAUCUUAACCAACAUCACCAUCACCAUCCGACACAGCAGGGAAGCAAUGGUAAUCUGCAUCACGUGCACCAACACAACAAUGGACUGAACAACAACAACGGGCACCAUCACUACAACGGAAACAGUAUUACCAAUGGUAAUGGAAACAGUGGUGGUGGUGGUGGUAAUGGUGGUGGGACGGCGGCAGUGCGAGAUCGCUACCAACAUCCGGCACUGGCUGCCAUCAUCAAUGAGUCACAGGGAAUGAAAUUCAGAGAUCGUUCCUACUCAGACUGCCAACAGUCCGUUCCGCGUCGACAAUGGGCCAGCAACACCCCGAGCCCAAAGCGCAUCCCCUAUCUCGGAGCACCACCGACUCGUGUCUAAGCGGAACGACAUUCCCUUGCAGGAGAGAAAAAAGCUGAACGACGACAAGUGAUUGAUCCGGUACUUGUUUUAAGAAAUGGCUCCUAAUUUACAACCAACAAUUUUCAAACCGGGGACAGUUUAACCUCUGCGUGCGGAACCGUAGAGCCAGUAGAUUCCUAUAGAUAACCAAUGAGUUUUUUUUUUCGAACAAGUAGAAGAUAUUUUUGUGUCGAAAUGGCAAAGAUGGAACAUUUCGCUAGUAUAUACACAUAGGUCGUAGCGCGUAGAGUCCCAAAAAGCACCCGUUUGUAGACAUCGAACUAAACCCACUUAGUAGGUCUUAACUACUUGUCGAAACAUGAUUUAGAUUCAUAGCGCGGUAUCAAUACGAGGGUCAUACAAAACGACGAAACAAUGUCGCCAAUUAGAAAUGAAUUACGAAGUAAUAGCGAAGAGAAAAUUAUUGAAGCUUGAAGCUUGCUCACUUCAACGAAAUCAAAAGAAUACGUAUACUUGUAGCAUUUGUGAAUCCAAUUUAUGAUGAUUUCUCCCCUCUCAAAUAUUCAAGUUUGGCGUUUGAAGUCGCUUACAAAGCUUAAUGAAUAGUUGCAUUUAGAAUGAAUGUUAGUGCUUUCGGAAACGGAGAUUUAUAUGUUUUCAAAAUUUAUUUCAUUUUUGUUUGUUGAAACUGGUUUUUUUACUGCAUUAAACCGAACGGCUUUGGUGACAGGGCGUUAGCAAUAUUAGUGAAAGAGGGAUUUUCGUGAGUGAGCGAUCGAAAUUAUAACCACAAUUUCUCACGCAUCUUGAUGAUGCGAAAGAAAGGAAGUAGUAAUUAGAACUGCUUUGAAUGGGACUAUUCAGAUUUAAAAAUACGUAUUGGUAGAUUCGAAUGAGAACAAAAACAAAUUCUUCACGCUGAUUACUGGAGAAUGAAGAUUUGUGUUAACGAAUAAAACG